AUGGAGAAGUGGGCAGGCAGGCCUCGGCUGUGUCUGAUGCUGCUUCUGUCCCUCCCUCGGCUCUGCCUGGAUCAGGAGGUGUUAUCUGGAUUCUCACUUCAGACACCCCCAGAGGAAAGCCAGGGCCCUGAGGGUGUCUGGGGGCCUUGGGACCAGUGGGCCUCUUGUUCUCAGCCUUGUGGAGUUGGGGUGCAGCGCAGGAGCCGGCUAUGUCAGCUCCCUUCAGCUCAGCUCCACCCAGGCCUGCCUUUCCCACCCCGGCCUCCCAGACAUCCAGAAGCCCAGCCUCCUCGAGGUCAGGGUGCCAGACUGCAGGCAUCCCGAGAAACCCUCCCCUUGUACCGACCAGAGGCUUGGGGAAGAGGCGGCCCACUUCGAGGUCCUGCUUCUCAGCCAGUGGGAGAGGAGGCCCGGGAGGGGCCAGGGGCUCGCAGGUCCCGGGUUCGAGACCCCAUCAAACCAGGAAUGUUCGGUUAUGGGCGAGUGCCGUUUGCUAUGCCGUUGCAUCGGAACCGCAGGCACCCCCAGAGGUCACCUAGAUCUGAGCUCCCCCAGGUGUCUUCUAGAGAAGGAUCCGUUCCAAACCUGACUUCAGGAACAAAACCAUCACCCCCAAACCAGGACCCUCAAACUCCAUCCACAGCUAUAGAACUGCCUGCCCAUACGCAGCCCACAACAGCAGAACCCCCAAGUCCCACAACUUCUCAGUCAGAGGUGCCCUCCAGAGGCAGAACUGUCCCCACAGGGCCCCAACCCAGAGACCAGGCCUCCAGUCCCGAGCCGCCCUUGCCCAUGCCCUCCCCAGAAGGAAGUAUGUUCUUUCCUGUGUCCUCUCAGCCAAGAAUGCCACAUUCCCAGAGACAGGCCAGUCCUCAGGUAACAGGGGGGCGCCCUCCGUUAGCUGUUAUCCCUCGGGGCCGGGUCCAGCAGAGCCGGGAGCACAGGGGACCUGCGGGGAGUCCUCACAGGUCCUUUACUGGGGCCUCCCCACCUCGGCCAGAUGGCUGGCUGCCUCGCCCCCACUCCAGUUCCUUCUGGAGCCUCUACUCUCCCAGCAGCCCUGUUCCCAGAUGCUCUGGAGAGAAUGAGCAGUUGAGAGCCUGCAUCCAGGAGCCCUGCCCCCCUGAGCAGCCAGAUCCCAGGGCCCUGCAGUGCGCAGCCUUUGACUCCCAGGAAUUCAUGGGCCAGCUGUACCAGUGGGAGCCAUUCACUGAAGUUCAGGGCUCCCAACGCUGUGAACUGAACUGCCGCCCCCGUGGCUUCCGCUUCUAUGUCCGUCACACGGAGAAAGUCCAGGAUGGGACCCUGUGUCUACCCGGAGCUCUAGACAUCUGUGUGGCUGGACGCUGUCUGAGCCCAGGCUGUGAUGGGAUCCUCGGCUCUGGCAGGCGUCCUGAUGGCUGCGGUGUGUGUGGGGGUGACGAGUCCACCUGUCACUUUGUUACGGGGAACCUUACGGACCGGGGAGGUCUCCUGGGCUAUCAGAAGAUUCUCUCGAUACCUGCUGGAGCCUCCAAACUCCACAUUGCCCAGCUCCGACCCAGUGCCAACUACCUUGCACUUCGGGGCCCUGGGGGCCGGUCCAUCAUCAAUGGGAACUGGGCUGUGGAUCCCCCAGGGUCCUACCCAGCUGGUGGGACCAUCUUCCGGUAUAGCCGUCCUCCUCGGGAAGAGGGCACAGGGGAGAGUCUGUCAGCAGAAGGCCCCACAACCCAGCCUGUGGAUGUCUAUAUGAUCUUUCAGGAGGAAAACCCAGGGGUUUUUUAUCAGUAUGUCAUCUCUUCACCUCCUCCAAACUUGGAGAGUCCUACCCCAGAGACUCCUGCCCCCCAGCUUCAGCCUGAAAUCCUGAGAGGGGAACCCCAGCCUGUUCCAGUGUCCCGCCCGGCCCGGACCCCAGGCACCCUCCAGCGUCAGGUGCGGAUUCCCCAGGUGCCUGCUCCGCCUCCGCCCAGGACCCCCCUGUGGUCUCCUGUGGGAUACUGGAAGCGAGUGGGACACUCUGAGUGCUCAGCGUCCUGUGGAAAAGGUGUCUGGCGCCCCAUUUUCCUCUGCAUUUCUCGAGAGUCGGGAGAGGAGCUGGAGGAGCACAACUGUGCUGUGGGCACUAGACCACCAGCUUCCCCAGAGCCCUGCCACGGCCCCCCCUGCCCCCCCUACUGGGAGGCUGGUGAGUGGACGUCCUGCAGCCGCUCCUGUGGCCCCGGCACCCAGCAUCGCCAGCUGCGCUGCCGGCAGGAGUUUGGUGGGGGAGGCUCCUCUGUGCCCCCGGAACGCUGUGGACAUCUGCCCAGGCCCAAUAUCACCCAGCACUGCCAGCUCCGGCUCUGUGGCCACUGGGAGGUUCGGUCCCCCUGGAGCCAGUGCUCUGUGCGGUGCGGGCGGGGCCAGCGGAGCCGGCAGGUGCGCUGCGUUGGAAAAAACGGUGAUGAAGUGAGCGAGCGGGAGUGCAUGUCCGGCCCCCCUCGGCCCCCCAGCAGAGAGGCUUGCGACAUGGGGCCCUGCACCACGGCCUGGUUCCACAGCGACUGGAGCUCCAAGUGCUCAGCUGAGUGUGGGACAGGAAUCCAGAGACGUUCUGUGGUCUGCCUUGGAAGUGGGGAAGCCCACGGGGCUGGCCAGGCGGACUCUGGGGCUAGAACCAGCGAGCAGAGCUGCCCAGCAGGAAGCCGCCCUCCUGACAUGCGUGCCUGUAGCUUAGGGCCCUGCGAGGUGACGUGGUGCUGGUACACUGGGCCCUGGGGUGAGUGUUCCUCAGAAUGUGGCUCAGGCACACAGCGAAGAGACAUCAUCUGUGUGUCCAAACUGGGGACAGAGUUCAAUGUGACUUCGCCCAGCAACUGUUCCCACCUGCCAAGGCCUCCUGCCCUGCAGCCCUGUCAGGGCCAAGGCUGCCAGGACCGCUGGUUUUCAACACCCUGGACUCCGUGUUCUCGCUCCUGCCAGGGGGGCAUGCAGACGAGGGAGGUCCAAUGCCUGACCGCCAACCAGACUCUCAGCACCCGAUGCCCUCCUCACCUGCGGCCGUCCAGGAAACGACCCUGUAACACCCAGCCCUGCAGCCAGCGCCCUGAUGAUCAAUGUAAAGACAGCUCUCCACAUUGCCCCCUGGUGGUGCAGGCCCGGCUCUGCGUCUACCCCUACUACACGGCCACCUGUUGCCGCUCUUGUGCCCACGUGCUGGAGCGGUCCCCGCCGGAACCUGCCUGA